AUUUAUAAUUGUAACUUUUAUUUAAUUGAGGGCCUUUUUAGUUGUUAAAUUUGGGCCCGAGUUUCGUCUGUCUUUUCUUCAAUUAUGCCCCUUUGUAAUGGUUUUUAUUGAAUGAAUCUGUUUUACCAGUGAAUCUACUUUCUAUUGUGGUUGAGUCGUUUCCUUUUCUCUCAUCUUUCAUUUUCGUUCCAUCUGAACAUUACAGGUCCUUGGAUUUUUCGUUUCAGAUUUCAUGCUGAAACAUUCAGUCUAAAUACUCAAGUACUGAUGGGGUCUGAAGGGCCUCCAGCUGUAACAAUCCAUGUGACAGGAUUUAAGAAAUUCCAUGGAGUUUCAGAAAAUCCAACUGAGACUAUUGUCAGUAAUCUUGAAGAGUAUAUGAAGAAGAAGGGUUUGCCAAAAGGUGUGAUAUUGGGGAGCUUUAAUGUGCUUGAAACUGCAGGACAAGGAGCACUCAUUCCCCUGUACCAGACAUUUCAAUCUGCCGUAAACACAAAGAAUUCUGAAUCUUCAACUUCUCAGAGAAUUAUUUGGCUGCACUUUGGGGUUAAUAGUGGGGCAACUAGAUUUGCCAUUGAGCAUCAAGCUGUCAAUGAAGCUACUUUUCGGUGUCCUGAUGAGAUGGGAUGGAAACCACAGAAAGUACCUAUUAUUCCUUCAGAUGGUGGAAUUUCACGAGUAAGAGAGACAACUCUUCCUGUUGAGGAGAUUACAAAGGCCUUGGCAAAGGAAGGUUACGAGGUGGUGACCUCCGAUGAUGCUGGUCGGUUUGUCUGCAAUUAUGUUUACUACCACUCACUCCGCUUUGCAGAGCAAAAUGGGACCCAGUCACUCUUUGUGCAUGUACCUCUCUUCUUGACCAUUGAUGAGGAGACCCAAAUGCAAUUUGCUGCUUCCUUGUUGGAGGUACUUGCUUCGUUAUAUUAGUAAGUAAUCUAUUGGCAUCCAUUUGCAUAUUUAUGUCCAGGGGCUUCUAAGCUUGUAGUGUUGUUGACCUUGUUUGCAAAAGCGGACGGAUGCCUGUAUUGAAAUGCUUCAAUAAACGGAUGACUGUAUUUGAAUGAAAGAAGAAUGUUCUCUGGUGGA